GGUACUGGCAUCAAUAUGAUGGAUUCAUCUACAAAAAGACAAAGCCAAAGAAACCUAAAGAGGCAGGAGGAAUAAUAAAAAGCUUAAAAAGUGGUUACGAAUAUGUAAUCGGAACGAAUGUAACAGAACGUGACAAGGAUCCUGAAAUCGUUCUUAGGGUAUUUGGAGGUCAAAUCGCAAAUAUGUGGUCUAAAAUGUACCAAAUGCCUCAUUUAAUAGACAUGAUGAAAAACAUGAGCUAUCAGCUUUUGAUUUGUACAGAAAAUAUUUACUCAUUUGGAAAGAACUGGCGCACUAUUCGACAACAGGUCAACCAGACACUCUGGAAAACUUUCACAGAUUGCUACAAAUCCUUGCAAGAUGGAAGUAGUGAUGAGGACAUUAAAAGGAAAACAUGUCUAUCUAUUGUUAUGCUCUACAUCCGACAAUUAACUUGUGCAAAAACAGACGAACAAGCCUUGCAGUUUCUUUGUUCAUGCUUCCUUGUUCACUCCGAUGGAAGCAAAAAACGUGUCAGGGAAUAUGAUGUGUUACUUCAGCACUUUUCAAAUAAGGAGAGAGAUGAACUGAAAAAUGAAUUGGUUCUUUUUGUAUUCGAGAUGACCUCCCAAGUAUCGAAAGAUCCAAGUUGGUGGUACCUGUUGCCAGUACUUCACUUCCUGUCUGGAACAUGUGCUCCUUUUGAAGAAGUCUCACUAAAUGUGAAUCAUGCGGCAGUGAAGCCAUACUGGUGGGGACUCAUGAUUACAGAGGACUUUGAAAAAAUAAAGAACAGAUUUAUGUUCAAUCAGCACCGACCAAAAAUUCCUCCACAAACAAUCAUCCGGAAGAUGAGGGGCUUGUUUACUGCAGAUUACUAUCUUCCUAGAAGUAUAGUGGCUUCCCUUACAUUGAAUGAAAUUAGAGAGUUGAUAAAAGACACCACUAUGAUACCCCAUGAGGUGUUUUUUGCGGCGAUGUAUUUCUUCAUGGUUUCAGAGCGGGAGACAUCUACGAAAGUUACAAAAUGUCUCGACGAACUACUGAAUCAAGUUCAGUUUCAAGAGAUGGAAUCUGACUGCAAGCGCUUGCACAUGAAAGUUUCAAUAGCAAAAGAUAUGUUGAUUGUUGCAUUGUCUACGCCUGGGAUUGACAAAUGGCUGCAAACAGAGUACGGCAUAAAAAUAUAUCUUUACUGCAUGGCGUUCUAUGACAAAGCUGUUUUGGACAGGACAGGAAUAGAUGAGAUCGAAUCCUUGCCAAUUUCGUUAGAGGAAAUUGUUAGCCUUGUUAUACAUGAACUUGAUACACGCAAGAUGUACACAUUCGGACGUCAGAUUGAUUUGUGGGACAGAAUGCUGUAUCCAGGAAAUUUCCCAGAUGGAGAUGUAAAGAAGCGGUGGAAUAAGACAUUGUGUGAAGCCCUUGAAGGAAGAAUGGAAGAAAUGUUGAAACAGUCAAAGACAGGAGGACACGAGAUCGUCUCUUGUUAUUGUAGAAACAUCAAUUCUUACCAACAGCCUAUGCAGAAAUUCAUGGCUUCUUAUGUGAGCAAGGUUUUGGGAAGUACUUCGUGUUUGGUGAUGAAAAACUUGUCUGAAACAGAACGUUAUCAACUACGACAGCUUAUGCUUCGAACUUUUAACGCGCAAUGGCAAAAUGUUUGCAACAGACAUGAUGGCAAAAUGGACUUGAAGGUGCUUUGUAACUGGGCAAAUUUGCCUUUGUUCCUGUCAAUCCUAGAUCCAUACGAUAUAAAUGAGCAACAAGACCGGGACAUCCUGACAAACAUCACAAACGUUCUAGAAAGUAGCGCAGAAAGAAUAAUUUCUGGGUCUAUAUUGAUUGGGGAAAUGACGUUUGUGUUGGAAAACACGAAACGAUUUCUUGAUCUCCUGGAAUUCACCAAAUUUAAAGACAAUCCAUCUGUUGCAAAAGCGAUAUCAGUGCGAUUGAGAGAGAAAUGUUUGCUCAAUGACACUUUAGACGACCUGCAAAAUUUGAAAUCAUUUUGCAGUUCUCUCGAAGCCGUCGAUCUUAAAGAGCUUGAUGAACAGUUAAAAGCAAACUUAACUGAGAGCAAACUUAGUGAUGUCAUAGUUGUUGCACCAAUACAGACUUUCUCUGACGAAAACAGCGAAAUAAAGCUAGUCCGGUUUGAAGUUAACAAAGACAUUAGAAAAGCAUUAACAUGCCUACAUAGAUAUAAAGAAAGUCUCUUCUUCAAGAAACUUUGGGAGAGAGAAUGCUCAAAGCAAGAACAUGAGAAAGUUCUCACCCUAACGGAUAUUUAUCAGGCCGUUGUGGUUCCAGUGUUAGAAAGGAUGAGACGAAUUUCCCUAGAUAUUGUUCAUAAUACGAUUUCGUUUACUGAGCUCGAAACGGAAAUUGGCAUGUUGUAUCCAAACAAUUUUGAGAAUCUGCAAACGGAAUUAGCAACUAUAUGUGACCAAGCGGAUGUCUCCAAGAUUCAGAUCUUAGUAAGACAGAUAAAGAAUUACAGACAUGUUGUGUUCAUGAGGAAAGUUGCAAUGACUUUGAUGAUUAUCAAGGAUACUUACGAUCUACAUGGUGACUUCGGAUCGACCGAAGAUAUAUGUAAGAUUGAACUCGACAAGUUAGAUGUGGCAACAUUGACUGAUGACUUUUAUGAAAAAUGCAGUUUGCUUGCAGACAUAACACAAGAGCAACAUGCUUGUUUACAGGCAUUUUCUAAAUGCUCUGAUCUUGUGGUGUGGUUGAGGAAAUCAAUGGGAGAUUCACAAUUAAAAGAGCUUAAAGUCUUUGUUGACCUUGCGAUGAUGUCGGCUGGCGAUAACGUUGAGAAAGCAGAGAGGGUACAAUGUUUGCAUGCUGCCGUAACUGGAUAUUCGUCACUUAUAUUUGACCUUCAAAACGAAGGAGGAAUAAUGCACUUACUUCAAAUGUGUCAGCCUGUAUGGAAAGAACUUAGCAAUAUGGAAAACAUUCACAACAAAUUGGAAGAUGCCAGUCGUUAUAUUGAGUGGUUUAAGAACAUCAAGAGCACACAUGGAGCAGUUGAAGUGACAUCCUUUAUGCAAGCAGAGACUAUUAAUGAGCAUGGUGUUUAUAUGAUUGGUAAAAGUGUUCAUGAACGCUUUGAUGGGGACGUUGACCAAAAUAUAAGUCGCGAUGAUGACAAAGAACAUCUUUUGGGAUUAUUGAUACCUGCGAGUUUGGAUGGACACCGAGACGCGAAACAGUAUAGAUUUAGCGAGUUACAAGAUCUUCAAAGCAGGCUUAUGCUUGUUGGUGGUGAAAGUGAACAGAUAAAGCAUUGUAUUGAUCGUUUUUCAGUGAUUUUUGACGGAGUCAUACGUCUUUGCAACAUUUAUAAGAAGCUAGUUUCAUCUGGUUGCGUGCUAUUCAAGGAUUUCUCAAUACAAGUUUACUCUAAUCCUAGUCCGGAACGUCCUGUGUGUUUUGUGCUUGAGUUCCGAAAUGGGACUCAGUUGACUCAAUUGAAGUGUCACAAAACUGUCGACGAGCUUAUCGAAAAUAUGAUGCCAAAGGUUGCAACUGAAAUGGAAAAUUGUCUCUCAGAGUGGUUGAAUUUUGUGAACAGUAAACGGACAGACUUCCCACAACUAAAUUUUUACACUACAGACCAGCUGGUUAUCUUGCAAAAAGAAAUUGCACAUAUCAUGAAUAACGGUGAACCUUCAAGUGACUUGUAUCCACUUCUUCAUCUGCGGAAGAACCAGUGCACUCUAGAUGACAUAGAAACAACAAACAGGAAAACAACAGAUAAAAUACAAAGAGAAGAUUUACUCAAGAACGAGGACGAAGAAGCUCCUGAAAAUGCUAAAAAAGCAAAGUCGAGUGAGGCUAAAGAAACUUUCAUUCAAAAACUUAUUAAAGCUGGAUGUAGAGAUAUGUUACCAUAUGCUUUAGAUGAAUUUAGAAACAAUCUAAAGCCAUCUUCAGCCAUCGCCUGGUGUUUAAGGAACAGAAGUCGUAUACAUGAAUUAAAAGAAACAUACAGAGCUAAGCAGCUUGAGAAGGGAAUGACAGACAAAUAUGAUAUGGACACUUCCUACGAUGCUAUGAUAGCAUCUGCUGUACCUUCAGACAGCAACACAGUCCGAUGUGAUGAAAUGUUAAAGAAACUGGUAUUAAUAUGGAAGAAGUUCCUUGAGUCAGCUUCGUCAAAUCUCAGAGAUUAUAUAAGCCUAAAACAUUUAGGUAUUUUCCUGGAACUUCUCGGAACCAAAGAAGAUGAAUCUUUUCAAAGGAGACUUCCACCAAAUUACAACACCGAAGCACCAAAUCUUAUCAUCUGUCCAUCACAUGAACUCCUGCAAGCCACAGUUUCUCUUUAUAUGACAGACCAAAACCAGAUGUUACCACAAGCUGAUGAAGUAGUGACCUGUUCACUCAGUACUACCUUUGAGGAGGUAGAUAUUUUCCUACGUAGAGCUAUUUUUUCCUCAAAUGGAAAGAUCCAUUGUCUAGUCCAUGCUGAUCUUUUGGGCUACUAUGUAUGGGAAGAAAUAGAGAAACGGUUAGCCGAAUAUCUCCGUAAUAAAGACAGUACAGCACGAAUAGGACUUGUCAUUAUUUGUUCGUCUGAGAACGAGCAUACGUCAGCAGUUGUUUCUUCACUUGACAGAUACAAAAGGGAAUACAAACCUUUAAACGAUGCCUUCGUUUCUUCAUGUAUUGCGGAAAAAUUAAAGUUUAGUGGCAGCAAGAGCGCAUCAGCUGUUGACCUUCAAAGUUCAACAGUUCGAGUUAUCCGCUCCAAAAGAAGUGGAGUAGGAAAAACGUUGUAUAAAAAGCGCAAGGAAGAAACACUUAAGCGGAUGAUGAAAACAGAAGAGUCAUUAAGUGUGACAUUGUCUCUCCAUGGAAAACACAUCGAUGUUGAUAAAAUCAUAGGCCUUCUACGCCCACAUGCCCGUCUACCAGGACAAGAGUCUCCUCGAAUUAUACACAUAGAUGUUGCAAAUGAGGUAUAUGCAAAACAAGAGCUGGACUACAUGCUUUUCAACUUGAUGAUACUAGGUCGUGUAGUUACUUCCACUGGAUUGGUUUGGAAGAAAAACCAUUUAGAUCUUUACCUAAUAGAAAGACUUGAAAUGAUCAGUCCUGAAGAAAUACCCGAAAACGCUUGUCAGAUAUUCAGAUUUCUGCCAUACGUCACUUGCCUGUCACCUCAAGAUUGUUUGGACGUAUACGAAGGAAAAAUUACACCAGAUCCGAACGUAGAUGAUCAACUGUUUGACCAAAUGUUGUUCGAGAGUGAUUUGUACCAGAAGACAUACAUUUACUUAAAACAGUUGGAACGUGGUGUCAAGAACAUAAACAUACGUUCUAGUUUUAGAGCUGCUUCACCGUCUAAAAGCGAAUGCCUCAAAACAUUGUUACGACAGUGCCGUGUGAAACAUCCUUCAUGGUCAGAACUUUACCAUUUUGUUCUGUUUUUGCGAACGCAGUUAAGAGACUUCGAGCGAAACGUAUUUGUCAGUGAUGUGUUGGCAAAGGAGUUGCCAGGCUUCUCAACAUUUGUUUUAAAAUUUCUGUUACAAAUGUCACAGGACUUUUCAAGCAGAUCCCUUAAUAUGAGCGAAGAAAAUGCUGGAGAAGUGAAAAGUGAUGAGGACUUGCUAAAGGCAUUUAAAAUGAGAAGAACUUGGGAAAGCAGUCCACAUCCUUAUAUAUUCUUCAAUGCGGAUGGUCAGACAUUCACUUUUCUUGGUUUCUACAUCGAUCCUGAGACAAUGGAUUUGAUAGAUCAACAGACAAACGAACCACUUGAGAGAGCCAUAAUGCAUCACAGACUAUAUGAUGCUCUUUUAAAUAACCAGGUUCCAAUUCAGGAAAACUUCGACCAUCUUGAUAGAAGCGAAAGGAUAGAACGCCUUUGUAGGGUGAUGGAUAUGCCUAUACCUGAAACAGACCCAGACGAAACAUAUGAGUUGACCACUGACAAUGCAAAGAAAAUAAUGGCGAUUUACAUGCGGUUCAGAUGUGAUAUACCCGUUAUCGUCAUGGGAGAAACAGGAUGUGGGAAAACAAGAUUAGUGAAAUUCAUGUGUGAUUUGAUGAAUCAAAAACAAGAUGGUUCCACCAAUAUGAUUAUAAUGAAGGUUCAUGGUGGAACAACUGACGAUGAUAUAAAAGCGAAGGUCAAAGAAGCCGAGAACAUAGCAAGAGAAAAUAGGAAAAGAGGCAUUGUAGACGUGGUGGAGGAGGAAUCAUCUAUUAAAAAUGGACAUUGUGAAAACAUUGACGGAGAUAUGAACAUGAUGCUCGUAGUUGACGUUCCUAGAGCUUCUGAGAAAAAGGAAAGUGUUCAUGUGUCUUCAACUCGUGAAAAAAUUAAUCGCAACGUUUACACUGUACUGUUCUUUGAUGAGGCAAAUACGACCGAAUCAAUUGGACUAAUCAAAGAAAUAAUGUGUGACAAGACCAUGGACGGUAAACCAUUAAACCUAUGCGAGAACCUUAAGAUUGUAGCUGCAUGCAAUCCAUACAGAAGGCAUCCAAAGAAAUUGAUAAAAAAAUUAGAAAGAGCCGGACUAGGAUACGCAAAUCCAGGGAAGACAACUGAUGUCCUUGGUCGAAUUGCUAUGAGACAGCUUGUAUACAGAGUACAACCACUUCCUCCAAGCUUGUUGCCAUUUGUGUGGGACUUUGGACAGUUAAAUGCAUCUGUCGAAAAGUUGUAUAUCGUGCAAAUGGUGAAAAGAUAUAUAAGACAGAACGCCUUACCGGAUAAUCAAAAAUUGACCGAAGUAAUCAGCACAAUCCUCGCCCAGUCACAGGAAUAUAUGCGAGGUGUAGAGGAUGAAUGUUGUUUCGUAUCCUUGAGAGACGUUGACAGGGUCCUGAAAGUGAUGUGCUGGUUCCUUUCUUUGUAUAACAGAAGAUCUCAGUUGUUCAUAUUUAUGAAAAAAAAGCUGAGCAGAGUAUAUCAAAACGUUUCACAGGACAGGAAACUUGAUAAGAUAACCCGUUGUUUGGUUCUCGCGCUUGGAGUGUGUUACCAUGCCUCACUUACCGACAGGGACAAGUAUCGGAAGCACAUUGCAAAUUAUUUCCGUGAGCCUUGUCUACUUCCCUUAGGACCAGAACAGAUUUUGCACGAAAUUGACAG